UUCUAAAAUUGUUGUUGAUCCACGUUGUAAAGUUACUAUUCAAAUUACAGAAAAUAUUCUUGCCCAACCGGCUCUUAAGUGCUUGUUAGAUUUCCCUAGCCUGGACUGUUGGAUUAGCGGAUAUAAUUAUCAUCCUUCAAAAAUAAAGAAAUUAUCUAAGAUAUCUAGAUGUUGA